GCAAGUCGGCGUGCCCGCCAUGUGCCAACGCCUUCUUUUGCAUAACAUCCCAAGGAUGCCGGUCCUUGAGCAGAUGCUGUGCUACUUUGCUGACACGGCGCUCAAGGGCGCGGAUUGCCUCGACAAGAGGGAUAUCACUUGCCUGAAGGGUCUAUCUAGACCUCCAGCAGACACUGUGGAAGUCUUAAAUGUCGCCCUGGUUCUUCUUGCGACCAGCUCCAACAAGAGGAUUGCAGAUCGCAUUGAGUGCAACAAAAAGGGGCUCCCGCGAGAUUUGGGCUGGAGAUCCUGCGUCCGGAUGAUGAACGACGCGACUGAGAUGAUGAUUGCGAUGAAGGAGUACAAUCCGGAUAUUUGGAAUGGCCACGUGCGAGCCGCGAACAUAGCUGCUGCUGAGGACAUGAUCGCAAAGCUCGGUCCCAGAUUCACACCGCAAUAUGUAAAUCGCCUGAGCAGAGCCGCCUCGCACAUCGCCGCAUGGGCAUUGGGUGUAGUCCGGUGCUACCAGCUCUACAUUUCCAGUCAGGCCGGCGAUGAAACGAUGUCUCUGGAGUUGGAGAACUCGGCCCCGCUGAGCUUGUACUUGAAGUGCAUGGGUCCCGACUGCAAGCAGAUUGCGGUCUCCUUGCUGGUGAACAUCGAGCCAGCCAUCAGCGCGCUUGAGGGCGGGCCUCGAGGAGUUGACAUUCAGCUCGAGGCAGUGGAGGCCCUGAAAGUGCUGGGUCCGCGGAGUGAUGCCGAACGCUCGCUGAAGGCACUGGCACCAAGGCUGGUUUCACCUUCCGCAGACCUUCGAAAAGCUGUGCUUAGCGCCAUUCAGCAGGGCUUCAGCUCAGAUGAUGAGGUGGUGAGCACCCUGUGCUCAGAGCUGGAGAAGGACAACGGCUUGAAAAAGAUGGCGGUCAUCCAAGCUCUGAGCAACCAGGCGCCCGAGGGUGAUGAACGAACUCUCCAGGCCCUCCAGCGGUACCUGGAGCGAUCUGACUCCCUCCUGGGAGAGGAGGGCCCAGAGACCCUCCUAGCGGCCGAAAAGCUCGUGCGGAAGCUUGGGGGGGAAGAGCAGACAAGGAAGGCGGAGAAGCUUCUUAUGGAUGCCUUGGUGCGCCAUCUCGCGAGAACAGGGGACACGGUAUUCUGGCCGCCACUCCGCACGCUGUGCAAGGAAAGGCAUGCCACCGUGCAGCUUUCGAACUUCCGCAUCAUUGCCAAAGGCUUCCGGCGACAGAACUUCAGGAUGCGGCACGUGUAUUCCCAAGUCUUCGAGCGACUCAUCUGCUUUGGAGAGGGCCGUGAUGCGGCGGCCGUGCUCAUCGAGGUCAUCCAGCAGGAUCUGUUCGACUGGUCCAGGAUUAUCGCCGCGGAAUUGCUUCCCCGUGCAGUUGGUGCCAAGGAGGACUCUGAAGCAAUCCUUGCGAUCCUCCUCUUACUGAAUGACAGCAGCGUGCUGUGCAAGCUGGCGUCUUUGCAUGCUUUGCUCGCAUUUACCCCCCGGCCUUUCCCUGAUGAAGUCACCGAAGCGGCCGAGAAGCAUCUGCGUCACGAGGACGAGGGUAUUCGACAGGCUGCCCUACUCGUUUUGGAGCAUAUCCAUGGCAUAGAGUUUUUCCCCGAGAAGCUUGGGCGCUGCUUACGAGAUCCCGUGUCGAACGUGGUGCAGAGCGCCGUCCAGCUUCUUGCAGUCCUUCUGGAGCGCGGCAAGGGCACCGAGCAGGCCCUCGCCGCCCUUCCGCCUCUCCUGACGCACGGCGACUGGGCGGUGCGCCAAGCGGCCGUCAGCGCACUGGGGCAGGCUGGCAACCGGGUCCUGGUCUACGACGCCACAGAUGGAGACCUCGUUCACUCCUUGAAAGGCCACAAGGAUAGCGUCUUCUGCGUCGCCUACUCCAGACACGGCAAGAAGUUUGCCUCGGGUGGUGCAGACAAGCAAGUGAUCAUCUGGACUCACAAGGCAGAGGGGAUUCUCAAGUACAACCACAAUGAGUCGAUCCAGUGCUUAGCCUACAACCCCGUCACCCAGCAGUUGGCCAGCGGUACGGCUUCAGACCUUGGCCUUUGGUCCCCGGAGCAGAAAUCGGUCUCCAAGCGCAAGGUGAACUCGAAGAUCCUAUCGAUGUCGUGGACCAACGAUGGCCUUCACAUCGCCCUGGGCCUCUUCAGCGGCCAUGUGAGCAUUAGAGACAAGUUCGGCGAGGAGAAGGCAGACAUCGUUCGGCAAGCUCCGAUUUGGACGUUGGCGUGGAAUCCCGUGCAGACCAAGCAAGACCCGACAGAUGUGCUGGUCGUUGGAUGCUGGGAUCAAACGCUGUCCUUUUACAAGGUCUCCGGCCAGGAGUACGGCCGCGAGCACCGCUUGGAAUUCGACCCUUGCAGCAUCGACUUCUUCUCCAGUGGCGACUACUUUGUGCUGGGUGGCAGCGGCAAGAAGGUGCAGCUCUGGAGCCGGGAAGGCAUCUACCUCGGGGACCUCGGCGAGC